AUUGACACAAACACAGUGAACAGAAAACUCAAACUGUCUGAAGAUAACAGGAAGGUGACAUGUGAGAAGGAGCUUCAGUCAUAUCCUGAUCAUCCAGACAGAUUUGAUCGUCCUCAGCUGCUGUGUAGAACUGGUCUGACUGGUCGCUGUUACUGGGAGGUCGAGUGGAGAGGAGGAGUUGAUAUAUCAGUGAGUUACAGAAGAAUCAGGAGGAGAGGAAACAGUAGAGACUGUGGGUUUGGAUCCAAUGAUCAGUCUUGGAGUCUGAACUGCUAUGGUCAUGAUGGUUACUAUGUCCUUCACAAUAACAGAGAAACAUGUAUCUCCUCCUCCGUCUCCAACAGAGUAGCAGUGUAUGUGGACUGUCCUGCUGGUAUUCUGUCCUUCUACAGAGUCUCCUCUGACUCACUGAUCCACCUCCACACCUUCAACACCACAUUCACUGAACCUCUGCUUCCUGGCUUUGGGCUCUGGUCCAGUUCUGGUUCCUUAUUGAAUUUUUUGUCCAGUUCUGGAUCCUCAGUGUUUCUGUGCUGAUUGAGUCUAAAGAGUCUCCUCCUGUCAGAGAAAGCCUCUCCCUGUUGAACAG